CAAACAUCAUUCUCGUCCAGCCCCUCGCUUUACCCAGACGAACGCCUAGGUUCUGACGUGUCGGGUCUCACUGGGCCUCGAUCGUCGACAAGUCGGAGAGUCCCAGGGGCGAAGUUGCCUGGCCUGGAAGUGCGAGAUGCAAGCGGGGAAGCCUAUCCUCUAUUCCUAUUUCCGAAGCUCCUGCUCAUGGAGAGUUCGAAUUGCUCUGGCCUUGAAAAGCAUUGACUAUGAAACGAUACCCAUCAACCUCAUAAAGGAUGGGGGACAACAGUUCUCUGAGGAAUUCCAGAAACUGAAUCCCAUGAAGCAGGUGCCGGCCCUCAAGAUUGAUGGGACCAUCAUUGGCCAGUCACUGGCCAUCAUUGAGUACCUGGAGGAGACUCGGCCCACUCCGCGACUCCUGCCUCAGGACCCAAAGAAGAGGGCCCACGUGCGCAUGAUUUCCGACCUCAUCGCCAGCGGCAUCCAGCCUCUGCAGAACCUGUCUGUCCUGAAGGAAGUGGGACAGGAGAACCAGCUGACCUGGGCCCAGGAGGCCAUCAAUUUUGGCUUUAAUGCUCUGGAGCAGAUCCUGCAGACCACAGCGGGGAAGUACUGUGUGGGAAAUGAGGUGUCCAUGGCUGAUCUGUGCUUAGUGCCUCAGGUGGCAAAUGCUGAAAGGUUCAAGGUGGAUCUCACUCCCUACCCUACCAUCAGCCGCAUCAACAAGUCGCUGCUAGCCUUGGAGGCCUUCCAAGUGUCUCACCCCUGCCGGCAGCCGGAUACACCCCCUGAGCUGAGAGCCUAGCCUCAAACCGUGCCCCACUGGUGCAGGAACAGGGAGGGGGUGCAGGAGCAGAAGUUGGCUGGGCUGAACAGGCCUGGAAAUGAAUGAGCCAUAACUGGAAUGGCAGGAGACUUUAACUCCUAGCCCUUGAACUUGAACUCUAGCCCUGGAUCUGCCUUCUUACUGAACCUCUUUCUGCCUCAGUCCCUUCAUCUGUCAAAUGCAGGCAUGGUGUGGUGGGAGGAUGCUGGGAGAGAGGUAGGCAGGAACAUUACCUACUAUCUAUGUCAUGCAAUCAUGAAGAUGAAGCGAGAAUAUAGACUAAAAUGCCUGACAAGUUCA